GUAUCGUCUCUCUGUCUGUGCUCAUAUACAGUGAAAUGGCAGAAGCCAGUAUCUCGUGGGCUGAGGAUCAGUUCAGCUGUUCAGUGUGUCUGGAUCUCCUGAAGGAGCCAGUGACGAUUCCCUGUGGACACAGUUACUGUAAGGGAUGCAUCACAGACUGCUGGAAUCAGGAAGAUCAGAGGGGAAUCUACAGAUGUCCUCAGUGCAGACAGACCUUCACUCCAAGACCAGUUUUAAGCAAAAAUGUGGUAUUUGCUGAAAUGGUGGAGAAACUGAAGAAUACAAGACUCCAAUCUGCUCCUGUUCCUGCUCGUCAUCGUCAUCAUCACACUGAACCUGGAGAUGUUCAGUGUGACUCCUGCACUGGAAUCAAACAGAAAUCAGUGAAAUCCUGUCUGGAGUGUCGAAGCUCUUACUGUCAAAAUCAUCUUGAACAGCAUGAGAGUCUCUUCAGAAGUAAAGGACACAAUCUGAUGGACGCCACUGGACAACUGCAGAAGAUGAUCUGCCCUCAACAUAAUAAAAUGCUGGAAAUUUACUGCUGGACUGAUAAAAAGUGUAUCUGUAUGCUGUGUUUGGUGGAUGAACACAAAAAUCAUGACACGGAAUCAACUGCAGCAGCAAGGCAAGAGAUACAGGGAAAUAUGAAAGAGGAACAGAGAGAAAACCAGAAAAACAUCCAGAAGAGAGAAAAAGAUCUUCAGGAGCUGAGAGAGGCCAUGGAGUCUCAUAAGCGCUUUGCACAGACAGCAGUGGAGGACAGUGAGAGGAUCUUCACUGAACUCAUCCGCUCCAUUGAGAAACGUCGCUCUGAGGUGACACAGCGGAUCAGAGAUCAGGAAAGAGCUGCAGAGAGUCGAGCUGAAAAACAACUGGAGCGACUGGAGCAGAGGAUAGAUAAUAUGAAGAGAACAGACACUGAGCUGAAGCAGCUUUUUGAAACACAGGAUCAUAUUAAAUUCUUUCAGUUUUUGCAGUCUAUCUCUUUCUUUGACAUUGUCGCUCCUCAUCUGUCUUUUGACGAUGUAGAGAAGUCAAUCUCUCAACUCAGAGACAAACUGCUGCAUUUCUCCAGAGAAACUAUAGAAAAUAUGUACAGAAAAGUGAAAACAGUCCAGGUCAUUGGUGUUCCUGAAUAUCAGACCAGGCAGGAGUUCUUACAAUAUUCUCGUCUGUUGACUGUAGAUCUGAACUCAGUGAAUAAUUGCCUCCAUCUGUCUGAGGGAAACACGAGGAUCACUGUCACUGACACGGAUCUGUGUUAUCCCGAUCAUCCAGACAGAUUUACUAAUUGGAUGGAGGCGUUGUGUAGAGAGAGUGUGACUGGAUGCUGUUACUGGGAGGUGGAGUGGAGCUCUGAUAUAGAUAUUGCAGUAACGUAUAAGAGCAUCAACAGGAAGGGAAAUGGUCCUGAAAGUGUAGCUGGGUUUAAUAAUCAGUCUUGGAGUUUGUACUGCUCUGCGGACUGUUGCGCAUUCUGUCACAAUAAAAUUGAGACUGUCCUUCCUGUAACCCGUGUCUCCAAUAGAAUAGGAGUGUAUGUAAAUCACAGUACAGGAAUUUUGUCCUUCUACAGCGUCUCAAGCACAAUGAGUCUCAUCCACAGAGUCCAGACCACAUUCACUCAGCCGCUCUAUGCUGUGUUUGGAUUUAAUAGUCACUCAACGGUGAAACUGUGUCACCUAAUGUAUUAA